AUGCAAGCCAACAUCCAACAACUUCAAGCACACAACAAGAUAAUUGAGAAUCAAUUGGCUCAAAUUGCGCAACAAGUUGGAAGUUCAUCCUCCAAUCCUAGUGGUCACUUCCCAAGCUCAACAGUUGUGAACCCAAAGGAGAAAGCUAAGGCCAUUACUUUGAGAUCGGGGAGAGGUUAUGAAGGGUCGGUUAUGAGUGAAGAGGAGCCACAAAAGAGAGAUGAGGGAGUUGUGGUGAGAAAUGAGAGUGAGUUUGAAAAUGAGAUAGUUGAUGUUGAGAGAAAGGAGCCACAAAAGAAAAAUGAGGGAGAUGUGGAAAAGGUAGAAAAGCCCCCCAUGAAAGUAUACAAGACUCCCAUUCCAUUCCCUCAUAGGAUUGUUGAAAAGAAAUUGAAUGAAAAGUUUUCAAAUUUUCUUGAAGUCAUGAGAGGACUUCAAGUGAAUAUCCCCUUUGUUCAUGCUAUGUCACAAAUGCCUACAUAUUCAAAAAUUUUGAAGGAUCUUCUAUCCAACAAGAGUAGGCUUAAAGAGAGUGCAACCAUCUCCCUUCAUAAGGAGUGUGAGAUUGAUCCCUAUUCUAUAGCAAAGAGUUUAAGAGUUGGAGACUUGAAGCCAACAAGAAUGUCCUUACAAUUAGAAGACCGCACGGUUAGGCUACCUUUCGGAAUUCUUGAAGAUGUGCCGGUUCAAGUUGGAAGAGUAUUUGUGCCAUGUGAUUUUGUGGUAAUGGAAAUGGAAGAAGAUACUAUGGUGCCCCUAACCUUGGGAAGACCGUUUUUGAACACCGCGGGUGUUGUUAUUGAUAUGAAGGAAGGAAUAUUGACCUUGAAUGUAGGAGAUGAGAAAAUUUCAUUUUCAUUUCCAUAA